UUGGCCCAUGUAGUUUAUCAAAAACAAUUUUUUUUAAGAAAACGAGGUCGUUUGGGCUUUGGAGGUUUAAUACUCACUCUCCCUGUUACCUUAGUUUCACUGCAUCGCCUUCGUCGAUCGAAGUGGAGCUUCGAUUUCAUAGGCGGCGUUGAAGAUAGAUAGUUAGCUGACUUGGCUGCCCCUGAGCAGGAGGAAUAAGAUGCCUCCUUACGAUUGUAUGUUUCUGUUUAAGCCACAUAUUAGGAAGGAAGCCGUGAUGGAUUUAGUUGUAAGGGUGGGAAAACAUGUGUGCAGAAGAAAUGGGGUUGUCAUUGAUAUCAAGAGUCUCGGAAGAGUUCAGUUGGGCUAUGGUGUGAAAAAGCUAGAUGGAAGAUAUUAUCAGGGCCUGCUGAUGCAAAUGAGCAUGAUGGCUACACCGGAAAUCAACAAAGAGUUGCAUUACCUAAACAAGGAAGAUCGGUUAUUGCGUUGGCUUUUGGUUAAGCAGCGUAAUACAAAAUUUGGGCUUGACUCCUAUGGGGAUGAAGGCAGAUAUGAGCUAAGCAAAUUCUCCCAGAUCGGUAAACAUGGUGAUGAGGAUGAGGAUGAAGAUGAUGAGGAAUAUGAAGUGAACGAAGAAGAAACAGUGAACUAAAAGAUAGCUGAGUAUUUUAUUAGUUUCCAUUAUGAGAGGACAAAACCGUUUUGCGUAGUAUUAUUGGUGCCAAACAUGUGCUCACUUACGGUACUAGAUAACAAUCAAACAUGACCAGUGUGGGCUUGAACAUGUAAUUUCGUGAACUCCGAGCUGUCUCUAGCUAUUCUACAAAAUAACAUCUUUGUAGCUUGGGUGAAAUAAUUUAUUCACAAAUGUAAUGGGUUGUCUUUCCCAGGAUCCACGAGCAGUUGGGUUCAUCCAAUAUACUUCUAAUUCUUGCUUAUGUUAAUAAUAUCUUGAGAGAAACAAUUUUUGUU